AUGGAACCACCUAGACCAGUGCAAGCCCCUCCUUUCUUAUCUUAUACCCCUGCGUCCCUCUCCGCUGCGACUAAGCGCCUCAUUGCCGCUGCAUCCAAUGUCUGGGACCAAGUAGCUCUGAUCCCCCCCUCCGAGGCCACCUUCGCCACUGCUAUUCAACCGAUUAUUACCGAGGAGAACGAGCGGCUCACGGAGUUGCGGAUUCUGCAAUUCUUCUCAAGUUCAUCCACUUCCAAAGAGCUCCGUGAUGCUUCCAAGGAAGCGGGUAUAAGGUUUUCGCAAGAUGCUAUAGAGCGACAUUCACGCGAUGAUGUAUUUGCCGUCAUCGAUGCCGUCUCAAAGAGGCCUGACGUCAAGUACCUUCCCCUUGAGUCCCGUGUAUAUAUAGAGAAACUCAAGAAGGAGUUUCUUGCAAACGGGUCGGGUCUUCGUGGCAAUCCUGAGGCUCGAACUCGUCUGAAAGAAGCGAAUAUUCGGCUCGUUGCUCUUGUUAAGCAAUAUUCGGCUAACCUCAACGGCGAAUCGGGCGGUCUAUGGCUGUCACCGGACGAGCUGAAUGGCCUUUCGCCUGCAAUCCUGGAGCGAUUCAAGACCAAAAACGAGGAUGGCAAGUUGUGGGUCACUUUCAAGACUCCUGACAAGGUUGCGGUAGAGCGCCACGUACAAAGUAUGGCUGUACGUCGAAAGUACCUUGAUGCUUGGGAGGGUCGCGUUGCUGAUGCCAACGGCCCGUUGCUGGAUGAAAUCCUACGACUCAGACGAGAAGCAGCGCAAUUGCUGGGGUAUCGAAAUUUCGCCGACUCCAAAAGCAACGAUCGAAUGAUGUCAACGAAGGAUGCAACUGAUUUCCUUGCUGCUAUCUCAGAUCCCUUGCUUGAGGUUGGAAAGCGCGAUGUUGAGAAGCUAUCAGAAUUGAAGAAGGUUCACUUGAAGGAACUAUCACCAACCAAUGAGGAUGACGGUCCUUCGUCCGCCAGUACCAUCUUCCGUUGGGAUUCUAGAUAUUACAUGAACAUGAUGAUGGCUAAGGGGUUGAAGUUGGACUCCGAGAAAGUAUCCGAAUAUUUCCCUUUCCAGGCCGUGCUUGCUAAGCUUUUUGAUAUAUUCUCCCUGUUAUUUGGAAUACGUGUGGAUAUAUUGGAUCCGGCUUCGGAGGGCAUUACCACCUGGCACGAGAACGUGAUGGUCAUGUCUGUCUGGGAUAGCAGCAAGGGAGAUAAAGAUGGAGAAUUCAUGGGAUAUGUUUACAUCGAUCCAUAUCCACGUGAGGGAAAAUACGGUCACGUAGGACAAUACGGAUUGCAGCCAGGAUUUCUGCGGUUAGAUGGUACUAGACACUACCCCGUGUCUUGCUUGAUGCUCAACUACGCACCCCCGACAGCCAGCCGGCCUUGUCUACUCCAUUUUAGAGACGUCGUCCAGGUCUUCCACGAGAUGGGCCACUCAAUGCACUGGUUGGCCUGUCGUAGCAUGUACGCACGGUUUCACCAGAAUACAGCUCGCGACUUUGUAGAACUCCCAAGUAAGAUGCUCGAGCACCUAUUCUAUGACCGCAACAUCAUCCGAGCCGUCUCAUGCCACUAUGAGACGGCGGCUAAGAUACCGGAGGCACUCAUUGACGCUUUAGUCACCACGCGAUAUGUCAACGCCUCGUUAGGCAAGUUGAGUGAUCUGGUGUUUGCCAGUUUCGACAUGGCUGUUCACACAGACUGGCAACCAAGCGAAGCGGAACCGAAUCCAUCAGUGUUGCUCGACAAGAUACGACGGGAGAAGAGCCCACUCAAAGGCCCGGAAGACCUUGAGUUGGAGGACGGUGUCAUACAGUCAGCGACAAGACUUCGCUUCUUGAACGGGUAUGCUGCGAGUUAUUAUUCGUACCUGCUCUCCGAUGCAUUCAGUACGGACUUAUUCCAAGCCAAAUUUCAGCCACUGCUGACUUCAGAUAAAUGCGAAGAUUGGUCGGAAAUCAUUAAUGCGAGCCUUCGCGCUGAGGGUAGGCGCUAUCGUCACGCUAUCCUCGAGCCGGGGUCUAGUACAGGGUCUGAGCUCGAACUGAUCAAGAAGUACCUCGGAAGGGAUCCUGAUCCGAACACACUUGUUGAUAUACUUGCAAAAGAUUCAUGA